UUUUCUCGCCUCACAUCAUCACGUCGCGUCAUUUCCGCCAAUACGCUCUCACAGCAGCACACGUGCGAAUGAAAACGUUCUUCCCAAAUCAUACAUGUCACUUUCAUAAUUGAUUUAACCCACUUUAUUAAUCUAUUCCCACACACGUUUCUAAUAAUAAUGUGAUGUUUAGCCUAAUGCGUAUGAUAGGCUACAUUGUAUGAAUGUGUCGUCACGGCGUUGUGACGUCAACCUCUUUCGAUUUCACUUUCUGUGGGAUAUCCGUCCCCACAUUCCGAAGUUCACACACAUCAGGAAACCUGCCGUUUCCUUUUUAAGCCAUGCAUUGAUAAGUGUAUGUAAUAUCUACAGAAUAUGAACGACUGAAAAUAAACCACUGAAUAAACAAAAUAAAUGCAGCCUAUUUUGUUAUAAAUACAUAGCAAACACUUGGUGGUAUUUACACACAUACUAAAUGAAUUAAUUGUUAUUAUUGAUUUAAUAAAUUUGUGACUAUAAAUUGCUUUUUAUUUUACAACAAUAUUAUCUGUAUUACUUGCUAUUAUACAUGUGUACAGAGAGAGAGAGAGAGAGAGAGAGAGAGAGAGAGAGAGAGAGAGAGAGAGAGAUUUUAGUUGUAUUUUUUAACUACACUGUAAUGUACACUAACCCAUUUGUGUGGCGUUUGCUCAGUAUUUAUUGCAUUUUAAUGCACUGGUAAUAGCAAUAAAACUCCUGUUUUGCCCCAAGCCUACUCUACUCACAAAAAGAUUAUUGCGCAAUUGCGAUUUACCUGUCGCUCAGGUGUGUACUAUGGUUUACAACUGGAAAGUGAAAUCCGAAAUCAUUUCGAGUGCAUUCCCGAAAUGAUCGCAUAUAAACGGCGGACAGAAUGGAGGAGAAGCCGAGUCAAGAUCAUUCAACAGCAGCAGAGAACAACAGGGAGAAACACUCUCAAACAGACGCGACAGCUGGAUUCAAUCGUCUGUCAAUAAUCAAGACUGCAACAUGUAUCGUCAUCUGAUGCAUCUUUGUCUUCUUCUGUCAGUAUGCCAGAUCAGCUCAGUGUUGAGCUGCAGAUGGAUCAAAAAUAAGUUUCAGCAUCAUCACGGAGUCUCUCUGGAUCUGAUUGGAAAGAUGGGUGGGAAACUCAUUAAGGAACAUUUGGAUUUAAAUCCCAUCCCAUAUGACUUGAUCAACAACCACAGGGGUGCAGAGCCAGAGAAACAGACCCUGUUUGUCAUUCAGAUUCUGGUAGAGAUCACUGACCUCUUUGAGGAUGCUGUUUCUGCCCCCUGGGAUGAUAAAAAUAUGGAUGAUUUCUUAAACGUCAUUCAUGAGGAGAUUAAUGGACUACGCUCAUGUGGUGCUUUCAAAAUGAAGAGGAACAAAAAGCUGCAUCUGUAUUUUGAAAGACUGAGACAUAUGACACAACUUAACACAGAGAAUGUGGGUAAAAGCUGGGAGAUUGUCAGGAAACGGGUCAUAAGCCUCAUGAAGCAGCUGGAGUUCUUCUCUUUCCACACUCAUGCUUAAGGACUGGAGGGGGACAAGACCUUGAGAACCUUCACUCCAUUUA